AUGACAGAAUGUUUCGAGGACAGUGGGUUUUCUCUUUGGUUGAAAACUUUUUGUGAUACUUUUAGCACUUUGUCAAAUGACCAAAAGAAUUCCGCGAUUGAAGGUAUCAUAGAUACAUGCGGACCCGAACAGCUACGGUUUUUGUCCACGAAACUCGAAACACUCGUGAAACGAGAUUACUUGAAAUGUUUACCUCUGGAGUUGAGUUUUCAUGUCUUGAAAUGGCUGGAUCCUGUGUCCUUGUGCAAAUGCUGUCUUGUGAGUAAGAAAUGGAACAAAGUAAUUUUAAGCUGCGAUGAUGUUUGGCAAAACGCUUGUAGGCAGCUUGGUAUGGAAGUCAAAGAAGAUAACGUGGAUUCUGAAAGAAACUCGACCUCUACCACCACGUGGAAACAGAUAUAUAUUUCACAUGUACAGGAUAUGAAAAAGUUAAAAGACGAGGGUGCGGUGGAAAAGAAACAGCUUUAUGGUCACACAGCUAGAGUGUUUGCACUUUAUUAUCGUGGAAAUUAUCUUGCUACUGGAUCAGAUGAUAGAUCAAUCAGGUUGUGGGACUUGAAGACAGGACAAUGUAAAUAUGUUUUGAAGGCUCAUACUUGUGCAGAUGUUUGCUUUGAUGAUGAUAAGGUCAUCACAGCCUCAUUUGACAAUACUGUUGGCAUGUGGGACUGGGAAACAGGAGAGAGAUUACAAUGUUUUAGGGGACACACAGCAGCAGUGUUCUCAGUUGAUUACAGUGAUGAACUGGACACUGUUGUUAGUGGUUCAGCUGACUCUACCCUCCGGAUUUGGAAAAUGUCAUCUGGACAAUGCGUGCAGACCAGAUAUGGUCACUCAGACUGGGUGGUAAAGGUGAUCCUCAAAAGAAGUGAAGUAGACACGCACACUCAUAGAAAGGGUCAAUACGUACUGCUCAGUAUGGACAAACGAAACAUCAAGAUCUGGUCUGUCGAUCGUGAAUGCUACAAGUGCCUGGCUACAUUAAGUCCUGACACCGAGUCCACUGUCAACCUACAGCCUCGACUUCAGUUUGAUGGACAUAAAAUUGUGUGUGCUUCAGAGACAGCGAUUCUGCUGUGGGAUUUUAAAACUUUGCAAAUGACAAGGGAGGCCUCUUAUUCGCAUCAAGUAUGCCUGAUUAUAGUGUCUUACUGCUCAUGCUCAAAGAUAGCACGUGACAAAGAUUUCAACCAAUCUCAGAGUUGCGUCAAUCUUCUUCCAAAACCACGCGGCAUUGCUUUUUCCCUAGUCCCCGCUCGCUCUUUUGAUAAAAUCCGCGGUAGCAAUGACAAAUUACAGGUACGAAAAUAAAUUAUGGCUUUGCAUCAAGCUCGA